AUGGCUACUAAAAAAUCAACAGUUCUUAAAGACAAAAAACCUCGACUUUUAAGAAACAAGAAUAAAAAAACAAAAUCUUCAUCUUGGACAUUUGAAAACCCUUCAACUUACUAUUCACUUUUGAUUUUUGCUAUCUCUUUUAUUUUCGCUGCCUUAAUGUCUUCAAUUCUCGGUAAUAAAGGCGUCUCUGCUGAACAAGUCAGUGUCGCAUCUUUCUUGGACCCCACAACAAACGCUAUUGAUAUCAAGGAAAACCAAGAUUCACACGUCUCUAUUAGCUCUGUUGAAAUCUCUUCCGAACAAACUUCCGACAAUGAAGACGCCCAAGUCGUUGAAGAAUUGGUCGACGAUGACCAUAAGAUCAAAACAAAUUAUCAACCAAGCACUAUCUCCCCAACUCUAAAUGUUCCUGAAAACGCUCAAGUGGCUACUUUCGCCGCAGGAUGCUUUUGGGGUGUCGAACACAUAUUUCGCCGCUAUUUUGCCCAAAACUUCUUAACUAAUGACAAUUCUCUCAACAAAAACUUUAUCAAGCGUGGUGGCCUUAUUGAUGCUAAAGUUGGCUACAGUGGUGGUAGAAACUCUUCCAUCUAUCCAUCCUACAAGCAAGUCUGUAAAAAUAACACUGGCCAUGCCGAAGUCCUACAGAUUUCUUUUGAUCCUAAGAUUGUUUCUUACAAAGAUCUCGUUGAUUUCUUUUUCCGCAUUCAUGACCCUACAACUUUAAACCAGCAAGGCCCUGAUGACUUUGGCGAACAAUACAGAUCUGCCAUCUUUUACCACAAUGAAGAACAACACAAAAUCGCAAAUGACAUUUUGAAAAAAUACCAGCACGAUUGGUAUGACCCUGCUGGUCUUAAGAUUGUCACUCAAGUUGAACCAAUCAAGGUUUUUUGGGAUGCCGAAGUGUAUCACCAACUUUACUUGAAAAACAAUCCUGAAGGCUACAUGUGCCCAUCUCACCAUUUGAGAACAGAGCCUCCUCUGCCCAAAAAAGACGAACUUUAA